AUUUUUCAAAACACAUAAAUAGAGCUUCCCCUAUCUUGUCUGCACGCAGAGUUUUUGCUUUGGCUUUAGAUAUUUUACAAGAUGGCGAAUUUCACUUAUGCAUUGUUGGUAUUUGGCUGCAUUGGUGCUCUCAUGCAAGAAGCGAGAGCAAACAAUGUAAAAGAUCAUUCAAAAAAGGAUUUUUUAUCAAUAAGCUUCGACAUGAAACGCACUUUGAAAUCUGGACAUAGAAAUGUAACAUUGAAGACACAAAUUGCAUCUAUAAAAGCACAAAUAGCUGCACUUCAAGCAUAUCACAAAAAACUUGGCACACAAAACAAACACCUUGAAACAUUUAAGAUAGAGCUUCAAUCAAAAAUUAACAAGACACAUGCACAAAGGGGUAAGCUUAUAAAAUUACAAAAACAAAUCAAGAAGUUUGAAAUUAAAAUGAUUAAGCUAUCAUUACAAAUGAAAACACUUGAAGCAAAAAUAGCAACUGCCCAAACGGAGCUAAAAAGUCUUGAAAAACAAUUUAAAGAGCUUUUCAAGAAUAAUAAAAAUCUCAUGCAAACCCAAAUAAAAGCUGAAGGAAAAGACUGUGCAGAUCUUUACAGAAAAGGUAAAAAAAAGAGCGGAGUGUAUCAAAUUGAUCCAGAUAGCCAGGGUUAUUUCGACGUUUUCUGUGAUAUGAAGAAAUCUGGUGGUGGUUGGACUGUGUUUCAACGUCGUCAAGAUGGAAGUGUAGACUUUUAUCGAGAUUGGAAAAACUAUACACAAGGAUUUGGUAAUCUUACUUCUGAAUUCUGGCUUGGAUUGGAUAAAAUAUACCGACUGACAUCAGCCAAGAGAAAUAAACUUCGUGUUGACCUGGGAGACUGGUCAGGAAACAAAGCAUAUGCUGAAUAUGAUUAUUUUGCUGUCGAGAAUGAAGCACUUAAAUAUCAGUUGAGUCUUGGUGCACAUUCUGGAAAUGCUGGAGAUUCAUUAUCUUAUCAUAAAGGCAUGGCGUUUACAACAAAAGAUUCAGAUAAUGAUAAGUAUCGUGGAGGAAACUGUGCCACUAACUAUAAAGGUGCUUGGUGGUAUAAGGAUUGUUAUGAUUCUAACCUGAAUGGACACUACUAUAGUGGCAACCAAAAGAAAUACAAAGGUGUAAACUGGUAUCAUUGGAAAGUUUAUAAAUCCUUAAAGUUUACUGAGAUGAAAAUAAAACCAUAAAGAAUUUCCAAAAACUGUGAUGUUAUAAAUUUGAUCAUUAUUUCUAAUGAAACUUUCAACAUAUAGUAAAAACAUUUUAGCUUUUAUGUCAUUUAAAAGAGCCUUAUAAUCAUUAUCAUUUAAAAAAGCGUUAAAAACUUGUUAUAAAAACUGUGGUGAAAUAUUAUCCCUAUAAAUUAGAGCUGAUUUAGGUAAUUAUAUGAUUCUAAGGUUACGUCUUUUCACUCAUUUCUUUAAUGAGAUGUUGCUCUGUAAGUAGCUAAAUCUAUCUUUUUGCCACGUUUCACGCAAUCUUGAUGUAUCAUACGUUUCAUGCAAUAAUCUUACAUCAUUAUUCACUAUGUAA